ACUAUGAAAAUGGACCUUUGUUCACUGAACUCAAGUUUUACCAAAGAGCUGCAAAACCAGAAGACUUAAAAAAGUGGAUGAAAGACAACUGUAUGGGUUUUUUGGGCAUUCCUCUAUACUGGGGAUCUGGAUGUACGGAUUACAAAGGUAAAAGAUACAGGUUCAUGGUAAUGGACAGACUGGGGACUGACCUUCAACACUGUCUGGAGAUGUGUGGAAACCGAUUUGCAAAGACCACUGUCAUGCAGAUAGGAAUUCGAGUGCUUGAUAUUCUCGAAUAUAUACAUGAGCAUGAAUAUGUACAUGGUGACAUUAAAGCUGCAAAUCUCCUUUUGGGCUACAGAGAUGAGAAUCAGGUUUACCUUGCUGACUAUGGACUUUGUUAUAGAUACUGUCCAAAUGGAAAUCACAAAGAGUAUAAGGAAAAUCCCAAAAAAGCUCAUAAUGGAACAAUAGAAUUCACAAGCUUAGAUGCACACCGUGGAGUAGACCCAUCUAGACGGAGUGACCUUGAAAUCCUUGGCUACUGCAUGCUGCGGUGGUUAUGUGGGGAACUGCCUUGGGAGAUGAACCUAAAAAACUGUGAAGCUGUUCAGAGUGCUAAAACCAGGUUUAUGGAGAAUCUACCUCAUUCAGUAAAAGAAUGUUUUGCCUGUGGGCUCAGCUGUGAUGGACUGGCUUGCUACUUUGAUUAUGUAAAACAUUUGGGCUAUGAUGAAAUUCCCUCAUACCAGCUAUUAAAAGGGAUGUUGUUGGAUGAGCUGAAACCAUUUAGAAUUAGUACCUGGGACUUCCUGAAAUUUUCUCCUUCUAAAUGUAACCAAAACACCAACUCCUCAAGGAAGAAUGCACCACAGACUGAAGCAGUAGGGAACAAACCACCACAGAAGUGCCAGAUGAAGGCUGUAGCCCAUACUGACGUCACGUCUUCCACUGAUCGGCUCACCAGCCGACUGAGGGAUAACCAGGUACCACAGACUGAAGCAUUGGAGAACAAACCACCAUUUAAGUGCCAGAUGAAGACUGUAGCCUGUACUGAGGUCACUCCAUCCACUGAUAGUGUCACCAGCCGACUAAGGGAUUACCAGGUGACACAGACUGAAGCAGUGGGGAGUAAGCCAUCACUGAAGUGCCAGAUGAUGACUGCAGCCCCUACUGACCAGCUUCGUAUCCGGCAGCGGGAUAAGAAGGAAUCAUCAGUUGGAGCCAUGGCAUAUAAACCAUCAGUGAAGUGUCAGAAUAAUGCUAGAGCACCUAUUAAGGAUACUCCAUCAACUGGUCUGAUCACCAGCCUACUGAGGGAUACCCAGAAUGCAACAAGUAUACAGUUUGAAAUUCAAUCAUACGAGGGAAUUUUGCACCUUAGAGAAGACGGACAUUGCAAAAGUACCCUGGAUUAUCAAGACAGAACAUCUUUGAAAGAAGACUACUUUCAUGGUGGAGCACUGCAUAAAUCUUCAAAGAACCAUUUUAAGCAAGAUGUACCGAACAGUACAAAUUCACAGAACUGUUUUAAUGAUGAAAACCUACAUAAUCCUCACUCUCAGUCCAAUUUGGAAGUUCAAUCCACUGCAAAACAAAGCAUUGUUAUGUAUGGUAUUGCUGUAAUUGUUCUCUCUGUAUCGAUACUUAUUGUGUUGCAGUUCUACUGACAUUAAAAUGCUUUGGUUGCAGUUCUGACAUUAAAA